AUGGGGCCUCUUUACUCCUCAACCAUCACCACGACGCGUCUUUUUCGACGCCGUUCCUCUAAAAUGGAAGCCACGCGAGAGGAGCGGCAGCAAAUGCGGCAGCGUGGAGCUGGGACACGCAAGGCAAAAGAAGUUAAUUUUGGAUUCUCAUUUGGGAGCCCAGUACCUGAAUCAGCUGCGCCCGCGCCUGCGCCGCUUGCUAUUGUCCCGGAAGCUCAGAAUUUACGGCAAACAGAGACCGCGCCGAACGCAACACCACAACCUUUGAAGAUAUCGCAACCGGGGUCGCAAGCUCAAGGAUUUGUGCGCACACCUGGAAGCGCGCGUAAUAAGCUUCCACAGAGGCCCUCGACAUAUGAUGUGCCCUCCUCAGAUGAUAGAACCGAACAAACGCGAAGCAACAAAAGAAGAAAGAUCGGUCCCAUCGAUGGAACAGAAGAUACUCCUUCUCGUCGGAAUGGCGGGCAGACUGAGAAUGGCAAUUCACGACCCGUCAAUAACGGUGCAAGUAGCACAGUGUCGCAAACUUCCCACACCCAUGAACCUCCAAACACAGAUGUGCCUACCCCAUCAGAAGUACCUAUGAAUGGAUCUCCACAACCUCAAAUCUCACCAGUCCAAGACACCAUUAAACCCCGACACCCAGUGGAAGACGGGUCUAAUAGCAAUGCACCAGCAAGACGAGACACUGAAAAGCAACUGAUUCAAGACGCAUCUCCAAUACCUGCACCCGCAGUGACCAAUGGACCACAGGCACCAGUGGCAUCACCUAAAACUCAGGCUGGGGCUCAGCAGCUUGCAAACACAGAGCAACUACAUCAAAAACGGCAUAACACUCAAUCACCAUCACAACUCGACGAACGGAAUGAAACAAAUAGUCAGAAUCAGCUGGCUGCCCCAGAUCUUGCUUCACCUGCAGUUCGGGCAAAUGAAUCUGCCACAAACGCCUCACCGCAACGCGAUAGCUCUGCCGAGGCUCUUAAGCCCAGCCAUGCGCCAACUGCCGGUGAUGAUGUUGAGGUGACUGAGGAUUUCCCUGAAUCAAGAGGGGAUGGACCAGAGCAAGAAAUUCAGACAUCUCAAGGGCCCCCUUUGAAGGUGAAAAAGCCUAGGGGGCGUCCAGGGCACAAAUCCAUCACAAACAAUGCUCAGGAACCGACUGUCGAGGAAUCUCUGGGGGAAAUUGCAACCGAAACACAAGACGAGCAGGUAGCAACUGAGCUUCAGAUAGCCCCAAAGACCAAAGGGCCUCGCAGUAGACCCUCACUCGACAAGAAAGCCGUUGAAACUACCGAAGCCGACAAGCCUUCACCUGAACGUGUACCAAACCUCGCCAAGUCCUCUUCGGGGCCCCGUCGGGACCGAAUGCCAACAUCAGCAAUUGCCGAUAAGCCGGAUGUGGUAGAGACUGCAGUACCCAAGCCACAGCGUGGUAGACCUGGGAAAAAGCCGAAACAAGCAGUGGAGCCUGAGCCUGAGCCUGCAAAGUCAGAUCAGCCGGAACCUGCGGCAGAACCUACGGGAACCAAACCACAACGAGGUAGGCCCGGGAAGAAGGAUAAACGCAUCAAUGAAUCCGAACCAGAGCCCGAGUCCGAGUCUGCCACGGCAGAUAGGCCGGAGCCUGUGUUGGAAGCCGCAGUACCUAAGCCACAACGUGGUAGACCUGGGAAAAAACCGAAACAAGCGGUGGAGCCUGAGGCUCCAAUAUCAGAUCCGCUGGAAACUGCGGUGGAACCUACAUCAAUCAAACCCCAACGAGGCAGACCUGGGAAGAAGACCAAACGCGCUGCAGAACCUGAACCCGAGCCCGAGCCCGAGCCCGAACCUGAGGCAGAGUCUGCGGCACCGAAGGCUCGCGGCAGACCUGCGAAGAAGACCAAACGUGCUGCAGAACCUGAACCUGAACCUGAGCUCGAGCCCGAGCCCGAGCCUGCAACGGUAGAUCAGCCCGAACCUGAGGUAGAGUCUGCGGCACCGAAGGCUCGCGGCAGACCUGCGAAGAAAACCAAACUCCCAGCUGAGACCGAACCCGAGUCUGUGGCAGAAGAUCGACAAGAGCCCGAACUAGAAUCUGCUGCUCGUGCCAAACCCGGGAAAAGAGCUCGACAGGUAGUGGAACCUGAAACCGACCCUGAAACCGAAGCUACGACAGAAAACCAGCCAGUGCCUGAUUCAGAACCCACCGCAUCAAAGUCGCAACGCGGCAGACCUGGGAAAAAGGCCAAGCGCGCAACGGAGCCGGAGGCCGAACCAGAGCCCGAACCCGAAACAGAACUCCAGGCAGAAACCGAACCUACUCAAGAGCAACCUCGGCGGAAGCCUCGAGAGCCUCGUGGGGAAACAGUUCCAGUCACUGUUUACCGUCUCGCCAAUUUCAAUUCUCUGGGUGGCUCAGCGGAUGUGGCCAACGGGUCUGACGAUGAGCAAGAAUCCGCCGAUGAACUCACCACGCAGCAGAGGAGCAAAAUGCCCAACCGCGGCGGUGUCAACCCAGCUGACGUGUUGAGCCAGAUUUGCCUUGAGACACUGGAGAAGACACUCAAUACGCUGAAGGAUGGCAUUGCGAAUGAGGCAAAUGCUACGCGACGUGCAGAGUGGUCACGCAAGAGAAAAGCCGUUGAAGCAUUUGGCUCAGAGCUGGAAAGUCGUCUCAUGGACCUCAGCGGGAUGCUCGAUAGCAACUUUGUCCUUGGCAUGCAAUUGAAGAAAACCAAGCGAGAGAUGAUGGAUCUACGGAGUCAUCUCUAUCGGGUUCGUCGGGAACGUGAGAACAUAGCUUUGCAGAUGGACGCAGUACGCAGCAAACACAUGGAAGAGGAAAAGACGAAAUCGUCACGGAACACGAUCAGCAAUUCCCUUCACAGUCUUGAGCUGGCGCUUGAACGCAACCAGCAACGUCCUGCUUCUACUGCGGAUUCUUCUACAGAUAUUGAAUUCAUGCUCCGCAGCCUUGCCGACCUUGAAACUACUGCUGCUCGCCUGGAACGAUGA